AUACGCCUGAACGUAAAGAUAUCGAAUCAGGAUCAAAACGCUAGAGCAAAAGCCACCAUUGACUCAGCAUGUGAAGGAAUCAUAGUGAAUGAGACCUGGGUCAAGAAACACCAAUUCCCCACAUAUUCACUUAAUAAUCCCAUCCGCGUCCAAAACGUCGAUGACACUAUCAACAAAGCAGGUCUUAUCUGGUCUGCUCUGGAUGUGAACCUCAAAAUUCGGGACAUUCAUGGGCAAACGCAUACCGAGCACGUCCAAAUGUUUAUCUCCAAUCUAGGAAAAGAUGAUCUUAUCCUCGGAACAGAUUGGCUAAAAUACCACAAUCCUUCCAUUGAGUGGAGG